AUGCUCGCUGACGUCCUCUCGAUCGACGCGCUCUGCCCGCAGACGCAGUGGAUUCCAGCAUCAGAGCGCCCGCGCUGUGUGUGCUGCAGCACAAGCUUUGCCUUCUUUCGCAAACGCCACCACUGCCGCCUUUGCGGCGACGUUGUCUGCCGUGCGUGCACCGAGAAGCGCCCUGUGCGCCACCGCACGCUCAACAAGGUCUCGGACGUCUUGGUCUGUACGGGCUGUCUUACCUCGCCACGCACGGCCCGCACCAAGGCCGACGUUGGUCUCCGCGCCCAAAUGUCGCCCAUGCCGAUGACCGACGUCCGCCCGUCACCACCGUCGUCGUCGUCGUCGCUGUGCCACGUUUGCGCAUGCACCUUUACCUUUGCGCGCUGGAAGCACAAAUGCCGCUGGUGCCAACACGACGUGUGCGGACACUGUCGCCCGAGCUCGCCCAACAAACGGCUCGGCGUCGACGGCAAGGUGUGCUUGCAGUGCCUCCUCACGCGCACGCACCAAACCAUGGCGGCGAGACAGCCACCAACCGUCCACAGCAAGAGAUCCUCGGACAGUGCGUCGUCGCCACGCACCGACACUGCGAGUUCGUUUGGAUCCACCACGUCGCUGCCGUACCCGCUCGACUUUUCCUGGUCGCAUCCGUGGCCCAAGCCACCACGCAUCGCCCACGAGGCCCGGCGCCUCGAAACGCUGCGCUGCGCCGACAUUCUCGACACGCCGGCCGACGACGUAUUCGAGCUGCUCUGUGAUCUCGCGAUCAAGGCGACAGGGUGCUCGAUGGCAGCCGUCGCCUUUGUCGAUGCCGAUCGCGUGUGGUUCAAGGCCCGCAUGGGUCUCGCGCAGUCGUCGUUGCCGCGCGACGUGGCCUUUUGCGCCCAUACGAUCCGAUCCACGGACCCGCUGGUCGUCUUGGACGCAACGCUCGAUCCUCGCUUUGAGAAAAACCCGCUCGUGACGGGCCGCGCCCGCAUUCGGUUUUACGCAGGUGCACCGAUUGUGGCGCCGACGGGCCUCGUGCUCGGCACUGUCUUCGUGCUCGACUCGAAGCCGCGCGAGACGUUGGAUCCUCGGUCGCUCCAAAAGCUGGCCAACAUUGCCAUGGCGCACAUUAAACUUAACAAGAAAGGCUACCUGCUCUCGUAA